UUUUGCGACAAGACUCGAAUAUUUCUCUAUUUACACCCCCAUCUCCACAUUGUUCACGUAGUAGUAGUGUCCAUUUUCAUUUUUCAGUGCCAUCAAAGCUUUCACCUCUCACCAACACACUACACAAAAGAAACCUCCAAAUUAAGGAAGAUAAUGGCAGACCCAACAACUUUCAUAGCAACAUGGUUCACACCUUCUUCCAUUUUCAUCUUUAUGAACCUCGUAAUUGGUACCAUAGCUCUUGCUUCUCGUUUCAAUGCUCCACCCAAAAACGACCAACAACCUCAACUCAAUCGCCCACCUUCCCUCAUCCACCGUGUCAGGUCCUUCAAUCUCCGCCACUACUACCAUAACGAACCAACAUAUGUUCCACAGCCCGAAACAGAGUCAGAGUCCGAGUCAACUCAUCCCCAAUUCGUUCGAAAACCUUCUCUGUUAGAGCGAGUCAUGUCCUUCAAUCUCAACAAGCACGAACCAUCAUCACACCCAGAAACGCAUUAUGCUCAACCCGAGUCAGAGUCCGAGUUAACUCAGCCACAACUCGCCCGAAAAACUUCUCUGUUAGAGCGGGUCAUGUCCUUCAAUCUCAACAAACACGAGCCAUCACACUCACAAAUACAUUACUCUCAACCCGAGUCAGAGUCCGAGUCAACUCAGCCACAACCACAACUCGUCCGAAAACCGUCUCUGUUACAGCGGGUCAUUUCCUUCAAUCUCAACAGACACGAACCAGCACAACCCAAAUCCGAAAACCCAUCUCCGGACCCGAAAGAGAGUAAAGUGGAGAUGAAGAAAUCAGCGAGCGAGAUGAAGUUUGAUUGGGAGGAAGAGGAUAAAGAAACAGUGGAGAGAAGGAGGCCAGCGACGGCAGCAGCGAGGAGUGAAACGACGACGUGUAAAGAAGAUGAAGCGGUUGACGCAAAAGCUGAUGAUUUUAUUAACAGGUUUAAGAAGCAACUGAGAUUGCAGAGACUUGAUUCGUUUAUUCGCUACAGAAACAGCAUGUGAGGAAUUUCGUGACAACACAAAUGCAGUACACUACUCUCUGAAUGAAUAUGCUAUAUGUUCAUUAAUAUUAAUAUAUCAUGAAAAAUAAAAUAUUACUCGCACUAAUUACUACUACUACUGGUAUGUUUGAAUUGAUGUUGUGUUUGAGUUUGUAUGGCGAGUAUAUUCGAGUGGAGGUUUUCUGUAAUCGGGGUUUUGGUUAAGGCUAAACAAAUCUUUCUAUGAAUGAACAUGAACAUGAACAUGCCCAAUCUAGUGUGAAACAUAAAGUGAACAUAAUUUUUUCUUUUUCUGGUGAACAACAUAAAAAUGUAUUGAAUAAAAUGAAUUCCUUUGAUCAAGGUUUUGAUGCA